UACAGCACCCUAUAAAAGAUGCUGAAGCUGAGAUCAGUCACUUCGCUAUUGAGAUGUAUUGUUCAUAAACUUCAUCUUCAUUCAUGUAGCCAAAGACAAGCUCUUCGGCAGAAUGUGAACAUAACAGAAAACGGAUCUUUCCCUGUACUCAAAAACACUUCAUUUCAACAUGUAGUCUCCUGAUCCAGAGCGAAGUUAUUUUCCUGUUUUUUUUUUUUUUUUUUUUUUUCAGCGAAGCUGCUUCGAAACAAUCUGUACUGUAUAAAUCGCUAUAUAAACAAAGGCUUUAUAUAUUCAGGCUUUAUAUAGUUGUUGACUCAAGUGAACGCGCGCGCUGUCCGAGGUGCUGCAGAGCCAGAGCCGCGUCACGUGACCCGGUGUGUGUCACAGCUUCAGCAGCUGCACAUUUACAGCUUCACCUCAAUAACUUACUAAAACUAUCGUCUUCAUCGGCCGACCACAGCCACGGAGAACUGGUGUCAAUGGCCGUAUGUUGAGAGAUGACGUCUGCUGCCUGCUUCAUCUGAAACAGGAUUUAUCCCACAAAUUCAGACAAACAGUAAGGAACACAGUGAUGGAUAUCACUAAACACCAUGGAUACUUGAAGACAGUUGAAAUAAAACAAAAUCCUCAACAUAAAUAAGUUUGAUAACAUGAGGACUAUAUCAUGUUGAAACAUCCUGUAAGAGGCUGUCUUUUGGUUUUCAUAAUUUGGUAUUUUAAUUUGUCCCAAAAACAAUCUUUCUAAGGCUGUGUUCACACUUGGCAGGUCUGGCUGGAUUAAACAGAACUCUGGUGCGAUUGCUCUGUUAGUGCGGAUCAUUUGAAUAAGUCCGAGACCAAAUGCUCAAGCGCACCUGGUUCUUCUCAUCAUAGUCGUGAUGUUGCCCAUUUAAGAUUCAGUACAGGUGUCAGAACCGUGACUCCUCGCAGGAAUCUGCCGCUGUUUUGACUCCUUUACACAUUUUAAAAGCUCUUCUUGAGUUCACACAUAUGUACGCACAUACAACAAGUGCAUUUAACACAACACAUAACAUUGUUUUGAAUGUUCGGUAAGUUCUGUCGCAAAAUAUAUGUCAUAAAAGCUGUUUUUUUAUCUUUAGGUUUGGUGUUAAAAAUGACAGUGUGAACGCUAAGUGAACCGGACCAUUUUCUUUUUUGGUCCAGACCAAAAGAGCCAAGAGAACCGAACUACAAGUGUGAACACACCUUUUGAUUACUAUAAACUCAGCAACGUCUGCAUCAUGAUUCUUCACAUGCGGCACGGCGCUCAUCUGCUCUGGAUCGGGCUGGUCGUGUGUGCUGUGAACGCUGGAGCCGGGCUCAGUUUUACUGGUUCUGAGGGACAGUGGGCCUCGUUUCCCACGUGGAACGCUUGCUGUGAGAGCGAAAUGAGCUUCAGCGUGAAAACCAAGAAUUUGAAGGGACUUCUGGUGUACUUUGAUGACGAAGGCUUCUGCGAUUUCCUCGAGCUGCACAUACACAAGGGGAAACUCAGACUGAGCUUCUCCAUUUUCUGUGCCGAGCCUGCUGACGUGCUUUCAGAUGUUUUCAUCAGCGACAACCAGUGGCAUUCAGUCACGAUUAGGAGGAACUUCAAAAACACCACCCUCAUCGUUGACAGGGAAAUAAAGUGGGUGGAAGUUAAAUCCAAACGCCGGGAUAUGACUGUCUUCAGUCACUUGUUUUUGGGCGGGAUUCCAGCGGAGUCUUUACAGCUGACGUCGGACACUGUGAAAGAUCAUGCUCCCUUUAUGGGCUGGAUAACAGACUUGAAAGUGAACCGUUCUGAGCCUGUCGUCAUUAACAGCGCCGGGGUCAACGCUGACCUCUGCGGCUCAGACCACAUGUGCUUAAACGGAGGCGUAUGCAGUGUUGUCGACGACGAGCCUACAUGUGACUGCUCCGAAACCGGCUAUCAGGGAAAAGACUGCAGUGAAGGUCUGGCACACCUGAUGAUGGGCGAUCAAGGAAUAGAAGAAGAAUAUGUGGCGACAUUCAAAGGUUCAGAAUACUUCUGCUAUGACCUUUCUCUGAACCCGAUCCAAAGCAGCAGCGAUGAAAUCACACUGUCGUUCAAAACGCUUCAGAGAAACGGACUGAUGCUCCACACGGGAAAAUCUGCUGACUAUGUCAACCUGGCGCUGAAAAACGGGGCGGUGUCUCUUGUCAUAAAUUUGGGUUCCGGGGCGUUUGAAGCUCUGGUGGAGCCGGUCAAUGGGAAAUUUAAUGACAAUGAGUGGCAUGAUGUGAAAGUAACGCGGAAUUUGCGUCAGCACUCAGGCAUUGGACAUGCUAUGGUAACAAUAUCUGUGGAUGGGAUACUGACCACCACAGGAUAUACUCAAGAGGACUACACCAUGCUUGGCUCUGAUGACUUUUUCUAUGUUGGAGGAAGUCCUAGUACAGCUGACCUGCCUGGAUCACCUGUUAGCAACAACUUUAUGGGUUGCCUGAAGGAGGUUGUGUAUAAAAACAAUGACGUUCGGCUGGAGCUGUCCAGACUGGCCUUUAAAGGCGACCCCAAAAUGAAGAUCCAUGGAGUUGUUGCCUUCAAGUGUGAGAAUGUUGCUACAUUCGAUCCCAUCACAUUUGAGACACCUGAAUCCUUCAUCACACUUCUUAAAUGGAACACUAAGAAGACCGGUUCUAUUUCCUUUGACUUCCGCACCACUGAGCCCAAUGGACUUCUGCUCUUUAACCACGGGAAACCGAAGCAACAGACCAAAGAGACCAAGAGCCCUCUCACACUGAAGGUGGACUUCUUUGCCAUUGAGAUGCUGGAUGGUCUUUUGUACCUGCUUCUGGAUAUGGGAUCAGGCACAACCAAGACACUGGCUGUGAACAAAAAAGUGAAUGAUGGAGAGUGGUAUCAUGUGGAUUUCCAGAGGGAUGGAAAAUCAGGUACUAUCUCUAUCAAUACAAUUCGCACACCAUACCAAGCCCCAGGAGAAAGUGAGAUUCUAGAUCUGGAUGAUAACCUGUAUCUAGGAGGACUGCCGGAAAAUAAAGCUGACAUGGUGUUUCCUACUGAGGUGUGGACCGCUCUGCUCAAUUAUGGUUUCGUAGGCUGCAUCCGUGACCUGUUCAUCAACGGUCAGAGCAAAGAUAUCCGCCGCAUAGCUGAGGUGCAGAAAGCAGCAGGUGUAAAGCCCUCCUGCAGUAAAGAGGCACCGAAGCAGUGUCUCAGUAACCCCUGCCAAAACAAUGGUAUCUGCAGGGAAGGAUGGAACCGUUAUGUGUGUGACUGCUCUGGGACGGGAUAUCUUGGUCGCUCCUGUGAGAGAGAUGCCACCAUCCUCAGUUACGAUGGCAGUAAGUUCAUGAAGGUCCAGUUAUCUGUAGCUAUGCAUACAGAGGCUGAAGAUGUCUCACUACGCUUCCGAUCCCAGCGGGCAUAUGGUGUUCUCAUGGCAACCACUUCUCGAGACUCCGCAGACACCCUGCGUCUGGAGCUGGAGACAAGUCGUGUCCGGCUCACGGUUAAUCUAGACUGUGAGAGGAUAAACUGUACCACGAGCAAGGGACCUGAGACCCUGUUUGCUGGUCAGAAUCUGAAUGAUAAUGAAUGGCACACGGUGCGAGUGAUCAGGAGAGGGAAGAGUCUGAAGCUGUCUGUGGAUGAUUUGCCCACUGUGGAAGGAGAGAUACCAGGUGACCACACACAGCUGGAGUUUCAUAACAUAGAGACAGGAAUUAUUACAGAGAAACGCUACCUGCCCAUCAUGCCCUCCAACUUCAUUGGGCAUCUCCAGAGUCUAACAUUUAACGGCAAGCCGUACAUCGACCUCUGCAAGAACGGAGACAUCGACUACUGCGAAGUCAACGCCGUGAUCGGUUUCAAGAACAUCAUUGCGGAUCCGGUGACCUUCAAGUCCUGCUCAAGCUAUAUGACUCUGAGCACACUGCAGGCGUACUACUCCAUGCACCUGUUCUUCCAGUUCAAGACCACCUCAUCCGACGGACUCAUCCUGUUCAACAGUGGAGAUGGGAAUGACUUCAUAGCUGUAGAGCUGGUUAAGGGCUACCUGCAUUACGUCUCAGAUCUGGGAAACGGUGCUCAUCUCAUCAAAGGAAACUCAAACAAACCUCUCAAUGACAACCACUGGCACAAUGUCAUUAUCUCCAAAGACACAAAUAACCUGCACACCGUCAAAAUCGACACCAAAAUCACCACCCAGACCACUGUGGGGGCCAAAAACCUGGACUUAAAAGGUGAUCUUUAUAUUGGCGGUGUUCCCGAGGAGAUGUACAAAGAUUUACCCAAGUUAGUUCACGCAAAAGAAGGAUUUCAAGGCUGUUUGGCGUCUGUGGAUCUGAACGGCCGUUUGCCAGACCUGAUGUCAGAAGCGCUGGCCUGUGUUGGACAGAUUGAGAGAGGAUGUGAAGGGCCCAGCACAACCUGUCAGGAGGAUUCUUGUGCGAAUCAGGGCGUUUGUCUCCAGCAGUGGGAGGGCUUCACCUGCGACUGCAGUAUGACCACAUACGGAGGACCUCUGUGUAAUGAUGCUGGCACCACGUAUAUAUUUGGGAGAGAUGGUGGUCUGAUCACAUACACGUGGCCGCCGAAUGAACGGCCCAGCACGCGAGCAGACCGGCUGGCGAUGGGAUUCAGCACUCAGCUCAAAGAAGCAAUACUGGUGCGAGUGAACAGCUCCUCUGGGUUAGGUGACUAUCUCAAGCUACACAUUGUAAAAGGCUACGUUACAGCUAUAUUUAAUGUGGGCACAGAUGACAUCAACAUCGAGGAGAAAUCAAAGUUUGUAAAUGAUGGAAAGUACCACAUAGUGAAGUUUACGAGGAGUGGCGGCAAUGCCACACUGCAGGUGGACGAUCUGCCUGUUAUUGAGCGAUACCCCACAGGAAACAUUGAUAGCGAACGGCUGGCGAUCGCUAGACAGCGAAUUCCAUAUCGACUCGGUCGAGUAGUUGACGAAUGGCUACUCGACAAAGGCCGCCAGCUCACAAUCUUCAACAGCCAGAUGACCAUCCAGAUCGGCGGUUGGGAAAGAGACCACAGCCGUGCCUUCCAGGGCCAAAUGUCUGGUUUCUAUUACAAUGGAUUGAAAGUUUUUAACAUGGCUGUGGAAGGAGAUCCCAACAUUCGCAUCGAAGGCAGCGUGAGGCUGGUUGGGGAGGCGCAAUCUUCCUCCAUAACGCCACAGUCCAGUGCUACGGUCCAUCGCUCUGAGACCUCUACCUCAGUUAUGGAGAUCAUCACCACAACCACCUCCAAGCACCAGAUGAAACACACCACACCAGGAGAACCCCAGCAGACUACUGAUGACUUGUUGGUGGCAUCUGCCGAGUGCCCGAGCGACGAUGAGGACAUUGACCCGUGCGAGCCGAGCUCAGGUGGGUUAGCUAACCCUACAGGCCCCGUGGUGAAGAGCUAUCCUGGUCAGUCAGAUGUUUUCCGUGAGUCCAGCAGUACCACAGGCAUGGUGGUUGGCAUCGUGGUCGCUGCCGCACUUUGUAUCCUCAUUCUUCUCUAUGCCAUGUACAAAUACCGCAACCGUGACGAGGGAUCGUACCACGUGGAUGAGAGCCGCAACUACAUUUGCAAUUCAGCCCAGUCAAAUGGAUCAGUGGUAAAGGAGAAACCCAUGGACGGUACCAGUUGUGUCAGUAAGAGCAAGAAAAACAAAAACAAGGAGUAUUAUGUGUGAUUCUGUUAUUCCUGGUCCUUACAGGACCUGCUUUCACUUUUAAGUUCUAGCACACGUCAAACAUAAGACCUCAUGCAACAUAAAAACUGAGAAACUGUGGAAAAACAGUCAUCAUAUCUUAAACAGUGAUGCAGCGAAGAAAAUGUUUUCUUCAAUAUUUAAUUUCAGCAUAUUGGAAUGGAUGAAAGAACAGGAAGAUUCUCACUUGAAGAUGUUCGGAAAAUGUCCAAAAAUGAUCCAUAAGUGAUGGAAAGAUGACCAAAUCCAUCUAGACUCUGGCAUUUUCCAAAUGAGCUCAGUUUCUUGUGUAAGAAGAAGGGGAAUGAAGAGCAACUGAUGAAUUAUGACAAAUUAUGACUUUUUUUUUUCUUUUCUUUUUUUGCCGUUUGUGUUGCUGGGAACUUUGCAAUGAUGAAAAAGCUGAAACAACUCCUCAAAGCAUCACUGAAGAAUGAAAGAUCAAGAAAGGAAAGAAGUCUCUCAGUGUUUUUACUUUACAACUCCUAUAGAGCUAAUAUGAAUUUGACAGCGGAUGGUGAAAGGGAAAAGAUUAUGCCAUCGCACAUUAUCUUUGGCAAACAUGGACAUCUCAGUGAACAUGGAUGCAACAUUUUAUUUAAUAUGUUUCUAUAUGUUUCAAAGGUGUGCUUUUUGGACUGACAAAUUUGUGUUUUAUAAUCUUUUGCAUAGAGGAUGCAAACUAUAUCUGCUCCUUGGCAGAAAAGACUACAAAAAAACUUUAAAUGUCAUUAAGAUAUAGAAGAAUUUAUAGACAGGAUCAAAACUUGCAUUUUUUUUUAUUUACAAUGUUUUUUCAUCAUGUUACUCACAGAUUGUGUUCUAAAUGAUUGUUCAAAAGUAAUAUUUGUCUGUGUGUGCAGGUGCACAUGCAUGUUCAUGUUUUAGAUGGUUCUCUGAAAGACACAUCCAUCCAAAGAUACUGUAAAUCACUACCAAUAUACUCACAGACAUGAAUUUUUCUCAGCCAAUGACAUAUGGGGUAAUUUCAUGUUUAUUUGCACAUACACACCCUCAAAAUGUAAUCAUAAAUCAAAUUCAGUCACUUG